AAAUAACGGUGUUGAAGUGAAUAUGAAAACAAGCAAUUUAUACCAUUUUAUAUUCCGACACUUACGGGCAUUAUAACACAGCGAAUGUGCUUUAAAAGUUUUAUAAAACUGAAAGCGCUAUAAUAACUAUUCAAAUGGAAAAUUGUACUGGCACUAUGCCAAUAACGGAUAAAGUUAAACGGAACAGGAAGUAAUUUGUGAAGCGCCGAUCGACCUCAACCGAGUGUCUAACAAAGACAGGCAAUUUACAUUUGGAUAUUGGGCAGUUACCGGUUAUGGACAACAAACAUGGGGAACGGUGUAUCUCAACCAGUAAAUUGUCAACUUGAAUGGAGAGGGAACGUUAGCAAACUAGCAAUAAAGGAAUCUAGAUUGUCCAGACAGAGUCAUGAUCCUGCUGUCAGCGAAGAAUGGAGGGAUUCCACCAUAGUGUCCACCCAACCGGUUUCUAUCGAUGGAGAAGGCAGCUGUAUCCGAAUCUCAGUGGAUUCUGGUUCGGUUUUGAGGAUUGGGUUAACGAAAAAUGAUCCAAACACAGAUGCAAAUUUCCUUGAGAGUUCCGUUUUUGAGAAAGAAGAUGGUUUUGGUAUGAACCCAGAAACCAGGAAACUGUACAUAGAGAAAUCUUACAACCUACUCUAUUUUGGAAAAGAAGACAAUCUACGGGAGUACGAAUGUGAUAUGUCAGACACUCUGUGGUUCUACGUCAUCACGAUUUACGGAUCGCCAAAUAUCGCAGUAAAUAAAGAAGAUGGGACAUCUACUGUACAAAUGACAAGACUCAGGAACAAUGGGAUUGCACCCGACCUUGAAACCUGUAAAACAAAAGAACCUUUAGUGCGGAACAUCGUCUACUACAUCAAAUGGUCAAUGAGUUUAAAAAAUGACACAGUUGCUGCAAAGCCUCCAGAACACGGACUUUUGAGGAUCGCUCUGGUUUCUCAAGAUAAUACAAUCAAAUGGGAAAGUACUAGUGCAGUAUUCGACCAAUGGUUCAAUGGAAUCAUUGCAAUCAAGUUAAAUGACUCGGGCCUCGUGGAGCACAAUCUUCUCGUGCGCCCUAACAUGUCAUCACUACAAGUCAAUUCGAAGUUGCCGAACGAAACUUCCGUUUACCUUCGAACAGACUUCAGCUGUGGACAGAUUGAGAUAGAUAAGAUGUCUGGUAAAACUGCCGUCAAACAACAAAACGGAUCAAUAAUGUUGCUGGAGUUAAGCCAGAUUCCACAAAACGAGCUUUACCUGAAGCAAGAUAUUGUCAAGACUUGUGCUGAGCUUGUUCGCCUUGAUUUUGGUUGCAAUCCAAUGAAGUGCGUGGCACAGUUCCGAACAGUAUUGCCACCAACAGGAAGAGCCGGUUUGAUGGGUUCGCUGUGUUCCAAAACUGAGGUUUUAAAGGAAACCAAACUCGCCCAGGUGUUUGUGCCACGCACCUUGGAACGCAACGAUAUUGAAGAGUACUUUACAAGGGAAAACGUAGGCGGCGGUGAAUGUACCAUACACAAACUACCUGACGAAGAUGAUGAUGAAUCUUGUUGGCUAAUCACGUUUACAGAAGAUCGUCUUGCACGGGAUAUUUGGCUGCGAGGAUUACACAUUAUUAAUAAACAUGUAGCGCAUGUUCUUCCUUUUUACAAUGAAUUGGGAAGGGCUGAAAAAUCCAAGAACGGGGAGUAUGGGCGACUACCAAGUGAUAAAAAUGAAAAAAUUAAAAUGGCUAUCAAUGACGAAAGCAAGUUUAGAUUUGUAAGUCAAGAAAGCCAACGAGGUAAAUUUAUACAGUAUGUGCAGAGCAAAGUUAAUGUAACAAUUAAAUGGUGUGGAGAAGAGUCGGAAUUUCAAGACGUCAGUGGUACGAGUACAGUGAAAAAUUAUCUUGAGAUCGAAUGCGAAAUACCACAUGAAAACACUCGCAUGCGAGACAAUUGGCAGACCUCGGCUCGCCUUGCUGUAAAACAGUAUUUCGAUAUACAAAUCCAAAAGGAAAUUGUAGAUAUUGAACCUGGGACAUGGGAAAGUAUAGGCAGUUAUAUUGAAAAUGAAAGACGAAGUUCAAAUCUUUACAUUGCACAUAAUAAAGAGAAUUGUUCGAUUGUAAUAGUAGGUGAAAUGGACGACGCAAACAUGGAAAGAAUCGUUAAGAAAAUACGCGGAGGAGAUACGCUCAUCAGUCAAAAAGAGAUUGAAGUUGAUAUUAAGAAGUUUAUGUGUCUAAAGGAGGAAGGUGUUAUUGCUGAUAUUUUAGGCGAUUUUCCUACUGUUUCCAUUAUAACAAAGGAUGCAGCAAUACAAUUAAAAGGGGAACGCAAUGACGUCAACGAAGCACAAAAGCGUAUAUUUACAUGUACAGCCAAUAUAAGAACUAUAUCUGUAAAAAUCGAUAGUUCCUUUACACAAUUGUUUCUGUCGUCAACAGGCAAGAAUUGUUUGAAACAAUGUUUGUCAAAGAUAAAACUUAACUCAAACUUUUUAAUACCUCCACACUCAGACUGUAUUGUGAUCCCUACAUAUUGCAAUGCGGAAAAUAAAGAUAAAGAUAAAGAAUCUUUAUUAAAAAAGACAAUAGCCGCCGAGUUUUCUACGCACACAGUUCAAGUAAAUGAUGUAGACUUCACUACUUUGAGUCCGGAGUCCUGGACUUCUCUGACAAACGGUAUUUUGCGCAAGGUACCAGUACAUGUUUCAUAUCAACCUCAUUCAAAUCAGAUAUCGUUGAUUGGUUCAAAAGAGCAUUUGCAGGAAGUAAAAGAAACGAUUGAUAACUUCUUAAAAACGGGUGCGGAUGGUAAAAAAAUUAUCUUCAUCCCCCCAACAUUUGCUGAGUAUUUAGACUCAUUUGAACAAAACAAAUUUCAGAACAGAAAUACAUUUGUAAUAGCCAGUUUUAGCAGAAGAGACAAAAGUGAAUACACAGGGAAACUCGAAUUAACCGGCGUAUUAUCGUCCGUGCAAAAUGCCGAAGAUAUUAUUGCCAAAGAAAUUAAACACAUCGGAUUAAAUUGGUUUCAUAUUUCUAGGAAAUGGAUAGCAAGUGUUGUAGGCAGUUUACCAAUCAAACUUCUCCAACAAGAGUGUAACUGUUUGGUUCAAGCAGAUACUGCUGUUUCGCUUGCUGCAAACAACAUUUCUUCGAUAUCUAUUAAUAAAAACAGCGGAGGAGUUAUUCAAGUAAAAGUGACAGACGUAUCAAUGGAAGUUGUCGAUGUCAUGUGUUGUCCAAACGAUUCCGAAAUGAUGUUUGGCGGUGUUGUUUCAAAACAAAUAGAUUCAUUCGGCGGUACAAAUAUUAAAAAAGAAUGUCGGAACCAUGUCGAACAAAAUGGACCCGUGGAAAGAAGUAACGUCAUUGAAAGUACUCCGGGAAAUCUUCACUGCAUUACAAUUGUACACGCUGUCACGCCGAAAUGGAUAGAUGGCUCGAGCAAUGAGGAAAGUUUGCUGAAGAAAACUGUGCUUGCUAUUCUGAAGGUUGCUCACGACAGAUGCCUAAUAUCGGUGGCCUUGCCGCCGUUGUGGUGCGACAGUGGCGACUAUCCUCCGCAGUCUGGAGCUCAGCAUGUGGUUGAAUCUGUAUCCGAAUUCAUGGAUAAGUACCCAAAGUCAAGUGUAAAAGAAAUAUUUCUUUGCGUGAAAUCAACGGAAGACCUGGAAAAUUACCAUUCAAGCAUGCACACACUGAAAGGUCAUUGGUACACAUUUGAGCACAAACGACUGCUCUGCAAAGGACCUCAACAGAAAUCCGCCAUUUCUCCUUCUUUUUCUGGAAGUGAUUUAUCUCUUCACAAACUCGCUGAAAGCUCUUUGUUUUGGAAACACAAACGGAAGAAUAUACCUACAAGAACUGUGCGGUGGCAAAUACCGCAACUUGGUUCGAAUGCUCUGCAAGACGUUCAUGAAGAACAAAGUGACGGGGACAACAACGAUAGCAACGAACGAUUAAAAGAAGAUGAAAAAUCCGUAUAUGACGGCGGCUUACCAUAUAAAAUACAAUUGACUCAAGGAACGACUUUGCGUAUUAUGACUGGCGACAUAACUUUGCAAAAGACGGACGUCAUAGUCAAUGUCAGCCAAACGUAUCCCGCGAUAACCGGAAAAUUAAGCAGAGAUAUUGUUGAACAAGGCCGCUUAAACGAUGAAUGGGACCAACUGAAAUGCCUAAAUAUAAAGGAAGUCAAAAGUACAAGCAAGGGCACAGGCGUUUUAAAUUGUAAGCGUGUCUACCAUGUUAUCGGCCCCUCAAAGACCUUGACUGAAUUUUCGAACAUUGAUGCCAUUCGUAGCAUCAUUACUGCUUGCCUUAAUAAAGCUUCAAACGAUGGUUAUGAGUCGAUUAGUUUUCCAACCAUCAACCAAGGACAGUUACGGGACGAUAAAGUGGCUGAAACUAUGGUUCAAACAAUACAUCAGUAUGUGACCGCUUCGAAAUGCAGUUUGAAAAAUGUCGAAAUUGUUAUUUUCUACAAUGACGAUUAUGUGGCAAAAGUAUUUGAACAGGAGGUUCCUUCGUUACUUCAGUUUGACUCUCCUUCACCGAAACAAGAAUCCAACACAAAAGUCAAAGUCCCAACACGAAGGACAGCCGUGUACGUUGAGCCCAAAACAUUAGAACACACACCAGAAGACGACGUUGCCGUAUUCAGAGUCGUUUCAAAGUGCAGCGCAGAGGAAAUCAAGAAAAAAAUCAUUGCCUUUUUAGAGGAAGAAAUCAUAACAAUAGAUUUCGAUCUUACAAUCGGGAAUGAAAAGUACAUUUCACAGAAAGAAGAAACCUGCCUGAAAUCUCUCGUGAAGAAACAUAUUGUAGAUGUGAAUAUCGACAAAGUUGCCUGCAAAUUACAAGUCACGGGUCCAAGAUUACGGGUUGGCGAAUGUAAAAUAGAUCUUAUACAAAUGGUCUUCAUGGAUUUUCCGUUGUGGCGCCACAAAGAUAAUCUUGCGGAAUAUGUCUCGAGACAUGUGCAGUGGUAUUACGAAGACGGUAUUGGCAUGAAAAGGGCACAUGACCAAUCCUCCAACUUGCACCUGCAACAAGGUUUCGCUAAAGGAAAGGACUUCACUUAUUUCAACCAACUUAAAGGUGAAAAAUACAGCGUUGAUGUAAAGAUGCAACGGGAAUGUCCUGAGUCAAAUCCUGGGCAGUACAGGCAAAUUUACCAACGAUUUAUUGCGUCGACAGAAAUUGAGUUGCCGGAAAACUGGACAGUUAGGCACAAAGGAGAACCAGCUAUGGCGAAGGUUCAAUUAAAUCACACGGACCAGGAAUAUGGAGAAGUUAAAGUUAAACUUUUAAAAGACGGUUUACAACCCAAGAACAUUAUCAAUAUCUUUAGGUUGGAGCACAGGUACAUGUGGAUGACAUAUCAGGCUAAGAAGCAACAUAUCGAGUCACAAAAUCCGAGGGGAGUACAGAAUGAGAGGUUGCUGUGGCAUGGUACAGACAGCGUGACAAUAGAUCUGAUCGUUAGAGGUGGAUAUAACCGCAGUUUCUUCGGAAAAAAUGCGACAGCGUACGGAAAUGGCGCAUAUUUCGCAACAACUUCGAGGUACUCGAAUAACUACGCUAAAGUCGAUGCCUCUGGGGUGUCCCGCAUGUUCUUAAACAAGGUCUUAACUGGCGAAUAUACCGCUGGAGCUAGUGGAAUGAGCUGCCUCCCCCAGAAAACAAUAUUACAUGGCAUUCCUGUAUUGUUUGAUAGCGCUGUAGACCACGUUGGAAAUCCGACAAUGUUCGUUAUAUUUCAUGAUUCCCAGGUGUAUCCGGAAUAUUUGAUAGAAUACAACUAAUUAAGUGAAAAUAAAAACCUACUCGACUCGUAAUAUAUUUUUAUUUUGUAUAUUCUUGUGAAUCCACAACACAAACCUCUCAUGACAUAAUUGUCAAAGUUUGUCUUUUUAAAUGCAUUAUGAAUGCUGGAAAUAUAAUAGAUUAACCAGUAGACUCUUUUUAAAAUGGUUUCAAUUUGUUAGUCAUUUCUGAAUACAGGAUAAUAAAAACUGAUUAGUGAUGACAUAUUUACAGAAAAAUAUCAGUCUGAAUAAUACAUUUUGGUUUUUAUAUACACAUAAAUAAACCAUUCACACUUUUAGUUUUAAAUCUUAUAGUACUUUUUAUGAGUUAACAUAUAUAUCAGUUUUUAUUAUCCUGUAUAAUAUGAGCAGAUAUUUGUAAUGAAAUAAGUGUUUAUCUUAAUUUAUUCUCAUAUAUGACUUAAACGAUCUUAGGAAUAGAUCUUUGUUGAAACUGUGUUGGUUUGUUUAAAAAUGCCUAUUUAUGAAUAUAAAUCAUCUGUAUCUGUGAUUUUAAUUGAGAAAACUCUUUGAAAACCUGUUUUUUUCUGUACUUGAGAUGUAACUUUUAAAUAUUGAAAACGAUAUCGAAAAUUGUGUUACAUUUACGUUAAGGUUUAAUAGUAUUAAAAAAUGAGAUAAGCUUGAAUGUCCAUUUGCUUGAUAAUUCAAGUCAGUAUUGAUGUUUUGAUGUUUUGUGUUGUUUUGUUUGUAAUGAUUUAAGCGUUGUGUUUUCGUUAACGUAAUUUACAUAUUUUCAGUUGGUGUUGAUGUCAAUAGUUUAAAUGUUUACGGUAUACAUUUGUCACUAAAACCUUCUAUUUGAAAAAUAUCCGAAGUACUAUUUUAAAUUUGCUGUAAACGAAAAUAAUGUAAACACAUAAAAAAUCAUGUGAUUUAUAUUAUUUAAAUUCAUAUUAAUAUACUUUAGCUUAGUGUCAUUUUUAAUGUUUUCCAUGUUUAUGUAUGUUUAUAAAAGUAAGUAAAACGUGUUGUUCUGAUGCAAAAUUAUGUUAUGCUUAACAACCUCAUAAUAUGAUCGAGAUCGUAUGAUGUCAAUAAACGUAAGCGAUUGUAUGAUUGACUGCACUUUAUUAGCGGGGAAUAACUGAUUUCACAAUUUAUCGUAAUAACAAAAUAUUAUUUUGAUACAUCUCUCAAUUACUAAUUGACAGAAAUGCAAUGCUUGUGACUAGAAACCCCCUGAUUAGGACACAAUAUAUUCAGUUAAAAUAGCUCUGAGUGUUUUUAGCCGAUAUCACGUGUCUGGUUUCUCAUUGAAUACAUACCAUGACGUCAUUACAUUGCGACGUUACUUUCAUAUGUAUAACUAUGCGUAAUCAUACUUAUCAAGUGCAUAUAUACUACGAUAUAGCAUGCAAAAGAAUAAAACUUUCAGUUCGCA